AUGUCGUCAGCAAGGCCUACAGACCUAGAAGGUCAACAGGACACUGCGUCCGAAGUCAAGGUUGACCAUGGUCCCGAGAAUGGGGCGGGAGAAGCGGAGAAAGCUGGGAUUGUGGUGACAUGGGAUGGCGACGACGACAAAGAAAAUCCCCAGAAUUGGUCGACCUCCUUCAAAUCAUGGGUGACUCUUCAGUUGAGCAUGCUGGCAUUCACUGCCAGCUUGGCCUCCAGCAUCAUAGCACCAGCGAACAAGACAAUUGCCGAGUAUGUUGGGGUGAGUGAGGAGGUCGUGGUCCUUAACGUUUCUCUUUACGUUAUUGGCUUCGCUUUGGGUCCCCUGAUCUGGGCACCUUCGUCGGAAAUCUGGGGUCGUCGAAUUUCGAUAUUGCCGGCGAUGUUUUGUCUCGCGCUCUUCUCCAUCGGGACCGCCACGAGCAAGAAUGCUCAAUCGGUCUUCAUCACCCGCUUUUUCUCCGGUGUCUUUGGCUCCUCAGCGGUCAGUAAUGUCAACGCUGCCUUGGGAGACAUCUGGUCCCGCGAGGCCAGAGGCACUGCAGUCUCAUUGUAUGCCGUGUGCGUUGUUGGCGGACCAACUCUGGGGCCCACCAUUGGGGCUGCCAUUUUGGUCAAUCCUCGCCUUGGAUGGCGCUGGACUGAAUACAUCACCGCAAUCAUCAACUUUGCGGUCGUUGCCUUGACAUACUUCUGCAUGCCGGAGAUGUAUCCUCCUGUCGUGUUGAAGCGCAAAGCUGAGAGACUUCGCAAAGAAACCGGCAACCAGAAGCUAUAUCAUCCUCACGAACGGCUGAAGCUCGACUUGAAGUCGAUAGUCACCAAGCAACUGUCAAGACCCUUGAAGAUGCUUUGCGUCGAACCAAUGGUCACUUGCAUCGCAUUCUAUGCAAGUUUUGUUUACUCCAUCCUCUACCUCACGCUGGAAGUCUUCCCCAUUGUCUUCACCGAGCAGAGAAAGUACUCACCAGUCGUUGCCUCAUUACCCUUCUUAGGGUUGUUCAUUGGCGUUCUUUGCGCGUUAGGCAUUAACCUCGGAAAUCAGCCUCGUUAUAUUCGAAAAUGUCGAGCAGCCCAUGGCAAACCAGUUCCGGAGGCAAGGUUGCCCCCAUUGGCCAUUGGAGCUGUGCUGAUGGUGAUCGGGCUUUUCUGGUUUGGAUGGAAUGCUGACCCCAAGUAUUCCUGGGUCCUGCCUUCUAUCGCUGCAGUUUUUAUUGGUGCGGGCUUUAAUACCAUCUUUCAGCAAUGCAUCAAUUAUCUUGUCGACGUGUACGGGCUUUACGCUGCUAGCGCCACAGCAGCCAAUACUUUCCUUCGCAGUCUAAUGGCGUUUGCUUUACCUCUCGUCGCAAGACCCAUGUUUCACAAUCUUGGAGUUGGCCCUGCGAUGUCGAUACUUGGCGGAGUGGCAGCGCUGAUGCUUCCGGUGCCGUUCUUGUUAAUGAAAUUCAGCAUGGCGCUCCGGAAGAAAUCUACAUUCGCACCAGUACCAACAGAUUGA